AUGCCUCCACGUAGGGUACCUACUCGCAGUAACCCGCAAGGACACGAGGACAUACAAGGCCAGAUUAACACCUUACGGGACACCAUUACCCAGAUGCAGACCAAUGCAGGGGAAAUGUUCCAAAAUAUUUUGAAUGAAAUCAGGCGCCACCCUCACAACGCGACCAAUAAUAAUAACGUCGCAAGUGGCUCAGGCACUGGAGGAACCGGUAGUGGUGGACCCCAACCGCAGCCAGAACAUGGAGUGGCGGGCCGAAAUAAUCAAGAUCUGCUGCUGACAUUUAGGAAGCACAAGCCGCCCUCCUUUCAAGGAGGACACGAUCCAAUAGUAGCUGUGCAGUGGCUACAGGCCAUGGACAAAAUAUUCAGAGUGGUUCAAUGCACCGAUGAUCAAAAGGUGCUGUUCUCAGUGUAUAUGUUGGAAGGAGACGCCCAUCAUUGGUGGGCUAAUGCGUCCCAACCCUUGGUGAUGCAAAAUGUGGCAAUUUCGUGGGCCAUGUUCGAAGAAAUGUUCUUGGAGAAGUAUUUCCCGAUGUCAAUCCGGGAUAGCAAGCAAGGCGAGUUUGAUCGACUCGUGCAAGGAACCAUGACGGUGGAUCAGUAUCAUGCUAAAUUCAACGAACUACUCCGACUGGCAACUUACCGAGGAACUAUGCCCAUGCCAGACUUUCUGGCAGCAAAAUUUCAAAGGGGUUUAUCCGCUAGGAUUGCGGAACUGGUAGCUGGCAACGACCCCUGUGACCUCGCCACCCUGGUGAACAAAUGUAGAAAGGUGGAAGCGAUAGGAUUGCAAGCAAGGAAGCCUGCAGAGACCAGCGGAUCUGGAACCAAAGCCCCGAUGGCUAAGAAUGGACAAUGGAGAGGAAAACGCGAAGGCAGACCGUGGCAGCCCAGGCGUGAUGGUAACAAGUUCAAGAGGCCCGGGAAUCCUCGAGGAAAUGGCAACAGAGCUCCCAAUUGCCCCAAAUGUAAGAAGGCCCAUUUCAGCAACUGUUUGAAUGGGUCAACACAAUGUUACAAGUGCGGCCAAGAAGGACGCUUCAUCAAAGAUUGUCCACAAUGGGGAGAACAACAGACAGCCGCAGAGGCGCCAAGAGUGGGCAUAGUUUACACGCUGGAUCAACAUGUGGCGGACCAGGCGGCCGAACUAGUUAAAGCCUUUAACCUAACUAUGAGCCCAAUGCAAUCCCCUAUGCAAGUCACCUCUGCGACGGGGGAAGUGACAGUGUCUCACUUCAUAUGUAGAAGUGUAGAAUUCAGAUACAAAGGAAAGAAGUACAACCAAGACUUCAUAAUCCUCCCCUUAGCCAAACUGAACCUGAUUUUGGGAAUGGAUUGGCUGGCCAAACAACAUGUAGUAAUUGAUUGUAACAGCCGAAGUAUAAUAGUCGGCGGGGACAUGAUGGGGACCCCACUCCCCAAUACUCCACCGGUCGAAUCAGGAGAUUGCACUUUCAUGCUAAUAGCCGGUCUAGUAGGUGCGAGCGAGAUCCCGUUGAUGAACAUUCCCGUGGUCAAAGAAUUCGAGGAUGUAUUUCCUGACGACAUUACCACCUUUCCCCCUGAAAGGGAAGUGGAGUUUUCUAUUGAACUUAUUCCCGGGACUGGACCAAUCUCAAUUGCACCCUACCGUAUGUCUCCCCUUGAAUUGGUAGAAUUGAAGAAGCAAUUAGAAGACCUGCUAGGGAAGAAUUUCAUCUGA